GCUUGAUUACCGCAGACACUAGUGAUUAUGGGAAAGCCAGUGGGCUUACAGCCACUCUACCGUCAUGCGCAGUCGGUGCCAGCGCUGCUGCGGAGAGCAUUAGGGGUUAUAAAACACCCUUAGCCCCUCUUAUUUCCAUCUUUACCCUCCACCAUCAUUGGUCCCACCGAUACGUCAGAAAUAGGUGCACUACUAUGAGAAUUCAUAAUUUUGUCCCGCUACUCUGUGUAGGGGGCGCGUUUGCUCUUCCUACACUUCCCUGGCUUGCGCAAUUUCCCGUUCAGGGGCUAGUUCGCUGCUGGGGCAUGUUUGCGCCUUUUCCAGAGGACAGGACAAUUUAUCAAGUUUUGAAAGACGACGAAAGGUACUCGCGUUUAGUCAAAGCCAUCGACUUGAGCGACAGGGUCAUCGACCUUUUGGACGACCCUGCGUGCUUCUCGCCUACUCGACAUUAUUCCUUUUCAGCAUCACUUUUUUUUGCAGUCCCCAAUACAGGCAUCCCACAUCGUCAGCCCUCGCAUGGGGAUGACGAUGACGAUGAGCUUGAUUGCACAUCUGUCGCACCUAAACGUGGGGAUGAGCGUGAUAUCGCACAUGAUCUUGGCCACCUUGUCCUUCAGGUUGAAGAACUUGAUGACAUUCCCGAGUCUCGUGACAAGGACCACCGCAAGGAGGCACUUGGCCGUAUCAUUCGCGGUAUCCUCGCGUAUCACAUCUUGCCCGAGAAGUUGGAUUCUGCUGCGCUCGUUCAAAAUUCUACCUAUGCAACGAACCUGACAUUGAAGGAUGGGAGCAUGGACUAUCAGCCAUUGCGCUUGAGCGUUCAGAGCACGAUUGUCCCCCCUCGUCUCAGGAUUAAUACUGUGGUAGAUGUCAUAAAGCGCGAUACUGAGGCUAGCAACGGUGUAAUCCACACCAUCAACAUUCCACUCCUGCCUCCCCCUUCCUUGUUCGGUGAGAUGUUUGCUGUUCCCGAAGUCUUCUCAUACGUGACGUCUGCUAUUCAGCGCGUGGACUUAACUGGCGCAGUUGAUCGUUGGUGGAGCCCCGGCAAAGGUGAUCAUGGAUCAUUUGUCGGCGCAGGAAUCACCACUUUCUUUGCCCCUACAUCAGGAGCAUUCCAGCGUCUUCCCCACAAAUUAAGACAUUUCUUGUUUUCGCCCUUUGGCGCUAAAGCACUCAAGAAACUUCUGGAGUAUCAUAUCGUGCCUCAAGUCGCGCUGCACACAGACUACGUGCACGAUACUGCAUCUUAUACUGCCUUCGUUGAUGACCAGAAAACCGGCAUCCCUUUAUACGCUUACAAUCUCACCGUUCCCACCCUGCUGGAGAAUUAUUCCUUAAAUGUUCAGGUUGCGCGCUACAAAGCCAAGAUUCCUCUCCCUGGUCCUGCCCGCUACUUCACCAGGUUCGUGGUCAACGGUCGCGAUGUUGGACCGUAUGAUAUUCCCGCCCGGAAUGGCGCUUUGCAUGUCAUUACGAACCUGCUCGAUCCUCGUGGCCACCACAAAGAAGAUGAUAAACACUAUGGGCAUGAAUCGGUUGACGUCGACUGGGAGGAUUGGGAGGAUUGGCUGCCACAAUGGGCCAUGCAAGAUUAAGCCCCUGGGACAUGCGAUGUGAUUCUGGUUAUCCGAGCCAAUUUACAGGUGUGAUUUUGUACCGCGACUGUUUUCUGAGUUGAACUCGAAGUACAUACUUAUCAUAGUCGAGUUCUACAGUUUUGUACGCAGCAUGUAUAUGCGAGUGAUAUCUAUCUACAGUUAGGCCAUAUUGCUACGCUGUACAUGGUCUAUUUUAGCAUCUCUCUUUCACAUAUGCAUUUGUGCAUGAGCGGUGUCAAUGUUAAUUAGGCAAGUUGUCAUGCUCGAG